GCUGCCACUCCAGCAAUGGAGCAAAUUACCAGCUUGAGCCCACUAGGAAUGGCAGCCCCAUCUAUGAAAGAAAGGCAGGCUUGCUGGGGAGCCCGGGAUGAGUACUGGAAGUGUUUAGAUGAGAACACAGAGGACGCUUCUCGGUGCAAGAAGUUAAGAAGCUCAUUGGAAUCAAGCUGUCCCCAACAGUGGAUAAAAUAUUUUGAUAAAAGAAGAGACUACUUAAAAUUCAAAGAAAAAUUUGAAGCAGGAGAGUUCCAGCCUCCGAAAACAGCCGCAAAGUCCUAGGCUGUUCCUGAACAUUUCAGAAAGGUUGAAAUAAUUUUUUCUGGACAUUCAAAAAUGCUCUAUGUGACAACCGUAGUUUGAAUGAUGGCAAACACCAAUGCUUGUUCCAUAUAUACAACUCUUAACUUAAAUGGUCAAGUAACAAGAUUCCAUUUUUCAAAAGACAGAUUUGAAAUAAAAUGGUAUGAAAUAUGCUUAAUUGAGUAAAAAACACAUAUUUUAAGAAAAAAAUUAAAGCUUAUGAAAACAUGUACCUUUUUUGUUGUUGGAGGAUGGGUAGUAGGCAAAUACUAUUAUUGAUAGAGAUAUGGAUAACCACUGAAAAAAAUAAGAUUUGCCAUUGUCCUGGGAGUUAGCAUUUUAAUACAGACAGAAAAAAAUGAGGAAUGGAAGAAGGUUCAACUUAAAAUAUACGGGUAAAAUAAUAAAAGCUAUCUACAAAAAACCCUA